AUGGAAGCUUCAACUCCAUUCUCAAACAUACCUAAUGAAAUCAUUCGACUUAUACUUUUGCAGUUGCCGGUGAAGUCUGUGAUCCGAUGCCAGUGCGUAUGUAAACAGUGGCGUUCGUUGAUAGACGACUCAGAUUUCAAGUUCUCGUAUCGUGGACAGCGACGAGUGAUCUUCCUCUCGAUCGAAUCCAUAAGCAAGGAUCGAGAUCGUCGAUGGAGACCGAUUUCCAGAUUCUUAGUUAGAUCUACAAGCCAUGAUCUUCGUCUUCGAAGGCAUAAAUGGCCGUUCGGAAAUGUGUAUCCAUUCAUUCGUGCAAGCAUGGGAAACGAUCUUUGUGUUUUGUGUUCUUGCAACGGGUUUGUGCUUCUUCAGGUGGCUAAGAAAGAUAUUUGGUUGUGGAACCCAUCCACCAAGUGUUCGACGAAAGUGCUCGAGUUGCCAUAUCCGGAGAAGUUAAACCCGAUUAUCAUUGAAGCAGGAUUAUGCUACGACUCCUGCACUAGAGAUUACAAGGUUGUCCUAUUACUUCGCCGCCACUUGAUACGGUUGGGUCAUGAUUUUGGCGAUCGAUUUGUCAUCUCUGCCAGCCUCAACCACAAAGAGUGGCAACCAAUGCAUUUCCCUUGUAACUUGGAUUCUGUUCUUAAAGGCGACAGUGUUGAGUUUCGCAAUACAUUUCACUGGUGGGCAAGUGACAUGAAAGAUUGGGAUACAUUUCACUGGUUGGCAAGUGACAUGAAAGAUUGGGAUAGGUAUAAGAAUAGGAUCAUAUAUUUUGAUCCUGUGCAUGACGAAUUCAGAAUCUUGCCCUUGCCCACUUCCAAACUGAGAGAAAACUUCUCCAUAUUAGGAUUGGGGGUUAUAAAUGACUGUUUAUGCAUGGCGGCAUGCGUGGUUCAGGAAGAGAAAGAGGAACCCAAAACCAAAACAGUAUGGAUUAUGAAGGAAUAUGGCAAACAAGAAUCAUGGAUGAUUGCAUUUGCUCUCAAAAUGCCUGAAUUUGGAGAUAUUUAUUGGAGGUUUGGCUUCACAUUCCAUUCUCAAAAUAAGAAUGCACAAAAAGUAUUAUUCCUGCAUACUAUGGGUUGGUGUAAGCGGGUUGUAUAUGUUUAUGAUCGGAAAAAAGAUGAACUGAAGGUAGAUUCGAUGAACUUCCUAACCCGAUCAGAUCGUAGAAUCCAUGUUAGUAUGCGUUUCUAUGUUGAGAGUCUUGCGUGCCCCGACCGGCCACAAUGGAUUGAUUUGGAGAGGUGA